AUGGCAUAUGAGCCAAUACACUCUGCCGCCCGCAACGCCGACGUCGACGCGUUGCGAAAAUUGCUCGGGGAAGGCGUUUCGCCAAAUCUAGCAGAGUCCAACGGCUUAAGGCCUCUCCACCAUUUGUGCGAAAAAAGGGAGUCAGACGCGGAUAAUCGGAUCACCUGCUUAAACAUCCUCGUCGAUGCGGGAGCGGAUAUAAAUGCAGAGACGACGCGGUCGUCGACUCCACUUUCUCUCGCGGCCAGCUUCGGGCAUCCGAAGCUUGUGGUGGCCCUCGUCAACGCCGGGGCCAACGUGAACUGCCCAUCAUCAACAGGCUGGACGCCCCUUCACUGGGCAUGUUGGCGCGAUGAUUCUAGUGUCGAGUGCGUGGAACUGCUCCUCAAUGCAGGCGCCGCGGUGAACGCGGGGCUCAGGACUCACGGGUGGACAUCGUUGGAUUUGGCAAUAAUUAAAGGGAACCAAGAACGAAUCUACCCAACGCUACUCCGCGCCGGCGCCACCCUUUCCGAAGAAACGGCACUGAGGCCCGGGCCCUCCGGAAGUACUCUCGCCGGAAGGCCCUCAAGUUACCUCCGAAAAGUCCACGCCGCGGGCGGCAUCAAAAAAUACGAGCGCGCCCACCUCAACGCCAUCGCCGCGACGUUUAUCCCGAAGCUGCCGCUGCUCCCGCCGGAGAUGAUCCGCCGCGUCGUCGAAUACGCGUUCCACGUGGGCGACUACUAA